UUCUUAUUAUUGCUUUUCUGCUUGGAAUUUUGCAAAAGUAAAACAUUAAGUGGUGUUUUACUCAGACAGAUUAUCGCCUUUUACAAAAUAAAUAGGGUCGUAGAACGUUUGGUAGGAUCCAUUGUUAUGGUGUGGCAGUGGCAAAUACAUGUACUAAUAAAUAGUAAAUACCAACACUGCCUAGCUGCUUAACUCAUAGUAAAGUGUUUGUGGCCCAUCCCAGUUCGUACUGAGUGAGUUUGUAUGCCGUAGAACACAAAAUUAUUUACCAUUUUGUUUUAUAAUCAACUGAUAAGCAUUAAGUGUAAGACGGACAUGCCAGAGCAAAAAAAUAUGGCAGUCGAUUCUGAUACAAUUAAUACAUCUCCAGCCAAAACAAAAACAUUGACCAUAAAUCGGACCGUUUUGACUCACGUUACCAUGUUGGACGGUACCGUUUUGGACAUUUAUAUAGAGAGAAAAGUAAAAGGUCAAGAUCUUUUAGACAAAGUUUGUAAGGCGGUAAACUUAGUAGAAAAGGAUUACUUCGGCCUUACUUUCGCUGACAGACAAGAUCCAAGGUGCUGGUUAGAUUUGGAUAAACGGAUUGUAAAAUUUAUUAAAGCGGAACCUUGGAAGUUCAAUUUUCAAGUAAAAUUUUACCCUCCGGAUCCAGCUCAACUUCAAGAGGACAUAACGCGUUACCAGCUGUGUUUACAAAUACGUAAUGACAUUCUCAGUAAUCGAUUACCAUGCUCUUUUGUUACGUACGCAUUGUUAGGAUCGUACUUGGUGCAAUCAGAAUUAGGAGAUUACGACCCUGACAGUAUGAAGUCCAAUUAUCUCAAAGAUUUCAAAUUCGCUCCCAAUCAAACCCCGGAACUGGAACAGAAAGUUAUGGAACUACAUAAAACUCAUAAGGGCCAAUCACCAGCAGAAGCAGAACUUCAUUAUCUCGAAAACGCAAAGAAACUUGCAAUGUACGGGGUCGAUCUUCACCCUGCGAAAGAUUCCGAAGGAGUCGACAUCAACCUCGGUGUGUGUGCUUCUGGUCUAUUGGUUUACAGAGAUCGUUUGAGGAUCAAUAGAUUUGCUUGGCCUAAAAUUUUAAAAAUCAGCUACAAGAGGCACAACUUCUACAUAAAAAUUCGUCCCGGUGAAUUUGAACAAUUCGAGUCGACGAUUGGUUUCAAGUUGGCUAAUCAUAGGGCUGCAAAAAAGUUGUGGAAAACUUGUGUCGAACAUCACACAUUCUUCAGAUUGGUAACACCUGAAUCUAAUCAAAAAUCUUCAUUAUUUCCUCGUCUUGGUUCUAAAUUCCGUUAUUCUGGUCGCACACAUUACGAAACGAAAAAAAUGCCAAUUGAAAGACCUGCCCCUCAUUUCGAAAGGUCGCUAUCUGGACGAAGACUAACUUCCCGCAGCAUGGAUCCUUUGGGAAGCAAUCAAUUGGAGGAUGAAUACAAUGAAAUCAAUAAACGGCACACUAUGCCUCAUCCAAUUGAACAUAUGUAUACUCCAGAAAAGGACGAAUAUGCUCUGAAAUCGAGACCCCCGAAAGCAAAUAAAGAAAAAGAGGAGAAGGACAAAAAUAAGAAGCCUGUUGGAGGUGUUUCUGUGCUUCCUGUUAGUGGUACCCUGAGCAAAAAGGGUAAAGAAAAUUAUAAAAAUGAAGAAGUGUCCCUUCCUAAUCGGUUUCCUAACGAGUUUGAAAAGGAGAAUGAAAAUGAAAAGAACAAAAAUGAACAGUUAAAGAGUCCUGGGUUUUUGUCUAUUCGUUCAAAAGAUAAACCCGAUAAGAAAGUGGAAACGAACGAAAGUAAAUUGAAAGGUGGUCCUCCCAUAGGUUCUCCACAAUUGCCAGGUUACACGAGGGACAAUUAUCAAGGGUUAAACAACAACGGGAUCCUUGAAAAUUGCCAAAACGAGCCCAGACCUUAUCCGCAGAUGAAAUCCGGAACUGAUAAAGACAUUGCAUCAUCUUUUCUGGAAAAUGAACGUUAUAUUAAGGAACCUGUUGUCAUUCCACAAUCACAUAUAAUAACACCAACAAUUACAGCGCCUGCAAACAACAAAACCAGAACUGUCAAGUUGUUUGUUGUCACAGCCGAUAAAGAUCCAAAAACUGGAAAGCUAGACGUGGAAAAUGGCUUUGUCGAUAUUACUUGUGCAAAUCAAAACGCAGAAACUGGUUUAAUAGAUUCGAAAUACGGCAUGAUAGAUCCGUAUAGUGGAUCUGUUAUAAUCAUCGAUCUCUCAAAUAAUCAAAAGGAAGUACUUCAAGGGCAUGUUAAUCCCUUUAAACAAAUCAUUAUUAAUUCCGGUGCAGUUUUGAACCCCGAAACUGAAAAACCGGACGCAAACAAAGGUCAAAUUAUUUCAAUAAUUGAAGACAACAAAACAGCUCUGCCAGGGUUACUACCGAUUUUAACUAACAAGAGACUUAUCAAAAUAAAAGUAGUUACCAGUAAGAAAGAUCCAAAGGCUAAAAAAGGCGAUGAAAUAUCGGAAUACACAGAAAUAUGCGAUGCUGUUUCUGACCCAAUUUCAAGACGGAUCGAUACAAAAUAUGGAACAAUCGAUGUUGAAAGUUCAAAAUUUAUUCGUAAAGAGCCAAAAACCAACAAGACAUUAUUCGAACCUGUGACCAUUGAUGCUGACACGGCGGAAGUUAUUAUCAAGAGCGGCGUUUGUGACCCAAAAAUUGGUAAAGUGGAUCCAAAUUUAAACCAGAUUAUUACAUUACUAGACAGCAGGGAUCCCAUAGUGCAAAUAACAUCUGUAACGUCACCUCGAAAUAGUAGUGGCCAAAGAGAUGAAUUCAAGGAGAUUUCAAACGCUUUGGUAUAUUCCCAAAAUGGAAAUAUUUUAACCAAAUAUGGACUUAUAGAUAUAAUAAAUAAGGAAUUAGUAUAUCAGGAUCCUAAAACAAUUAAGACGAUUUCCGUUCCUAUUAGAUUUGACGGAGCCCGUAAUUUAGUAUCAAUCGAUUCAGGUGCUAGACAUCCUCAUACUGGCAUCAAUGAUAACAACUUAAGCCAAGCCAUUCUGAUAGGUCCGGAAAUAGAGUCAGAAAUAAAAAUUUUAUCAGUAUCUGGAAAGGUUGACAGUAAGAAAAAACUCGACCCUAAAAACGCUACAACUGAUGCAUCUGCGGGAGUGUUUGAUCCUCAAAACUGUAAGAUAUACACCAAGUACGGUAUAUACGAUCCACUUUCCGAAACAUUGACAUUUAUUGAGCCCAAGUCGCUUAAAUCAGAAAAUAGACAUGGUCAACACAUUCCAAACACGGACGAAAUUCUGUUCAAAGAACUUAUAAAUCCGAAGUCGGGUAGAAUCGAUUCUAAUUUCGGUAGAAUUUUGAAAACCGAUUUAAAACAACCAAUUGCUGAUUCCUCUAUUCGAACUUUGCAGCAACAAUUACUACCUCAUUAUCAAUUUCAGAAUAAAGCGACAAAAUCGGUAUUGAAAAAGGUAAAAGUACUUAUUGUUACAUACAUCAAAGAUCCUAAAUACGGUCAUGAAAACGAAACAGCUGUUAAAUGCGAUGGUAUACUGCACCCUAACGGUAAUAUUGAAACGAAAUAUGGCAUAUUUAAUUUCGACAAACAAUCGGCCACUGUAAUCGAUCCAGUUAGUGGUCAGAGAGAAACCGUGAAUGCUUCUCGUAUUCCACAAACCGAUCAAAUUCAUAUUCCAGUAGGCCGUUUGUUAAAUCCAAAAAUCGGUAAUAAAUCCAACGAUAUGGGCGGAAUUGUAACUGUCGUAGAUGAAAAGGAGAAUAGGCAAGAAAAAAGUGUACUGCUAGGUCCAAUGGCACCGCAUGUUGUUCCCAAAAAGAGAAUUAUUAAACUGUCAGUAAUUACUGUUAAGAAAGAUCCUAAAACAGAUAAACUUGAUAGAUCUAAGAGUACUUUAGAAACACUGAUUGCAAUUUUUGAUCCUUUAAAUGACAUUAUCGAAACUAAGUACGGUCAGAUCGAUGUAAAAAAAAAAGAAUUCUUAACUGUGACGUCUGGAUCAAAUAAGUUUGUUAAAUACCCAAUCGAAUUUGAUGAGAAAACGGGAGAAAUUAUUCGAAAAACUUACACGGAUUCAAAAACAGGAAAGGUAGAUAAAAAUUUAGCUCAAAUUAUAAAAGUAAUUGGUAGCAAGGAUCCUAUACUUACGGUAACGACGUCAACGACAAAUAAAAAUCCGCAAACUGACACUUUUGAUGGUCAAAGAGUCCAUACGGAGGUAAGUUACGGCAAAGUUGAACUUGGACGUGGUGUACUUAUCACCAAACAUGGAACGAUUGAUUUUGCUAACAAAACCAUUUCUACCAAAGAUCCCACAACUAAUACAUAUCUUAAGAAUCCAAUCGAAAUAGAUAAAGACUAUAAUGGGAAUGUUACCGUUUUUGACAGAUCCAACCCAAAUCUGCUUCGAAUCAUCAAAAUAGACGAACAGGAACUCGAUUCAGAAGUACAAAUCUCAUCCAUUUUGGGGAAGGUAGAUUCUAAGAAAAACACCAUUGAAUCGGCAAGUUCAAAUUUAGAAACUACUGUUGCACUUUAUGAUCCGGAAAGAAGUAAAAUAUUCACAAAGUACGGUAUUUUGGAUCCUAUUGCCGAAAGUUUGUCGGUAAUGGAUCUGAAAACGAAAAAGUUGGAAGUUAAACAUGGCUUUGUAGAUUCUCAUUCGGGAGCUCUUGUCUUUAAAGGUGGGUGUAUCAACCCUAAAACUGGCAAAAUCGACCCACACUUGGGGAGAUCGAUUGCAGUUGAAAUUACAGAACCUGACGUACAUGACGGCGAUAGCGAUAGUAGUGAAAUGGAACCAGUAGAAAAGCCCAUUUCAAAGCCACCGGAAAUAAAGCACGUAAUUAAAACAGAAGAUAUCCAAAAGCUUCCGGAAUUGCCGAUCUUACAAAAAAUAUCUGAUGUCUCAAUGGAUUUAAUUAAAGCUGAAAUAUUGGAAAAUCAACAUAAUGCAGAAAAAAAACUGGCAUUAAAACAGCACAUAUCGUCCCCGUCGAAUUUAUCCAAAACCGAUCUAAUAAGUACUUCUAAUAAUCCAUCUGUAAAAAUAAUGGUCAUUAUAUCAAAGAGAGACCUGAACACGGGAGUCGUAGAUAUAGAAAGUGGAACGGUCGAUCAUAUAUCAGGUACUUAUGACUCUCAAACUAAUUUAAUCGAUACUAAAUAUGGCGUGAUUGAUUUAAAAAAAGCGUCCCUUACGACAAUAGAUCCUUCAACAGGUCAGUUGCAAGUGUUACAAGGAAAAAUAGAUUCUUUAACAAAUCAAUUAACAAUAUCUUGUGAUAAAGUCGUCGAUCCCAAAACAGGCAAAAUAAAUCCCAGUUUGGGAUACAUUUUUUCAAUUGCCGGGCUUAAACAUGCCCAGGAUGUAUCUGGGUCGAAAGUUUUGAUACCUAAAAAGCGGAUCAUUAAAAUUACCGCAGUUACAACUAAAACUGAACCUAAGACCGGAAAGUUAGACGUGGAAAAAAGUCAAGUCGAACAAUCAACUGCUUCAUUGGACACCUCUACUGGUUUAAUACAAUCAAAGUAUGGGCUGAUAGAUAUUAAAAGUAAAAAGUUGCUCAUAAAUGAUCCAAAAUCAGGCAAAGUUGAAGCAAAACCUGUAUUAAUAAACGAGAACAACGGACAGGUUAUAAUUAAAAAUAGUCUUGUUGAUCCCAAUAGUGUCAAAGGCGAUGAUUCUUUAGAAAAAAUUAUUACUAUUGGAGGUCCCAUCGAUUCAAUCGUCGAAAUAACUGUUAUUACUUGUAAAAUGGAUACUUCUAAAAAAUCGUACGAUCUUAAUACCGCUCAGGUAGAAACUGUAAUGGCACUGAAGAAUAACGUAACUGAGGAAAUCAACAGUAAAUUUGGUAAAAUAAAUUUGAGGUCGUCGAUAAUGACAACGAAAGACCUAAAGACGAAUAAAUUGGAAGUCAGACCGAUCUCUUUCGAUGAUAUGGGUAAUGCAAUUGUCACCGGCGUUGUAGAUCUGAAAUCUGGUAAAAUUGACCCGAAUCUAAUUCAAAUCAUUCAAGUAAGAGAACCUGUAGUGCCUCAGGUUCAAAUAACAUCGUUUUUUGGUAAAAUAGAUAAUAAAAAAAAUAUCGUCGAAACGAAAAAUGCUGUGCCUGAAAUUUCAUAUGGCAUGUAUAAUCCAGAUAACAAUAAAAUCGAUACUAAAUUAGGGCAGAUCGAUCCAGUGAAAGGGACUCUAUGCUACACCGACUAUAAAACUGGAAAACCCGAAGUAAAACAAGGUACAAUUGACCCAAUAACUGGCCAGAUUCUGUUCAGAGGUAUAGUGAAUAAAAAAACUGGCAAAUUAGAUCCCAAUACAGGCAGAGUGGUGUCUGUUCUUAUAGCGGAACCAAAAAUCGACGAAGGCGGUAAUGUUUUACCAAAACAACAGAAACACGUUAGGUUUAAUAACAAAAAUAAUCAAGUAUGGAUAUUCGAUCAUCAAGAUCCGAUCACGCAACAAGAUGUAUUUGUUAGUGGCCAUAUCGACCCGGUCAGCGGCUAUAUAACAACCUUAUAUGGAUAUAAUGAUCCAAAGUCUGGAUAUGUUUCUGGUUCUAUGAAAAUUGACUCGAACAAUAUUUUAAUUGAUCCAGAAACCAACGAAAUUUAUUCUAAAACUGGAGAAGUUGAUGAAUCUGGAUCACCUUUGUAUUCAUCUUCUCAAGUCCAUCCAGAAACGGGAAAUAUUUAUUUGAAAUAUUCGAAAAAAGAACAGAAUACUGGCAAAUUUGUCAUUUUAAAAAUUUACGUGGUAUCUCCAACAACAGAAGACCAAAUAAAAGAAUUACAACCCAACGAGUGUGAUAUUGAUGAAAAAACGGGUAAAAUAACCGGCAUUCUCAAACAUACGGUUUAUAUGUACAGCAUGAUCGAUCCUAAAUCUGGCAAACUAGUUCAAAUCGAUCCUAAUGAUCUAUUAAUUACGAAUUCAAAAACAAAAGUAACUCAAAUUAUGACGUUAUCUGGAGAAAUUGACGAUAAAACUGGUAAAAUACAUACUGAAUGGGGACAUAUUGAUCCUGCCACUGGUAAUAUCGAUCCUGAAACUGCCAGGAAGAAUCCCAUUACUGGGGAAUUAAUAUUGAAUUACGCACAAAUCGAUCCUUCACAUUUCGAAACCACUACCGAACCAAAAGUUAAAACAAGACACAGUCCGUUCAACCGAAUUAAAGAAUCCACCGCAUCCGAUGAAGAAUCGAGUGAAGAUGAUUUAAACGAUUAUUCGACCGAAAUUUUAGGCGAUAUCGUCAAUAUGGACAAGGCGCAAUUCAAGAAGCACCCUGCCAUGCCUGUAAUUGUUAAAACAACGACCAAGCAGAUCAUAACGAAGGAUAAAGGUGGUGUUACACAAAAUAUCCAAGAGCGGGUAGAGGAUGCCAGAACUGGGGAAGUGACGGUUUCCACCCAUUUGAAUAAGGCCGAUGUUAUAACUGACGAAAGCAACUCACCGUUUGUAACCGCGCGAGCCGUUACAACUCGAACAGCAACUACACACGAAGAUCUCGAAACAAAUGCUCGUACGCAACAACUGCAGGAAAAAACUGUUGCUCAUUCGAUGACUUCAAGCGCUACCAGACAAGAGCAAAGAACGGUUACUCAAGAAGUAAAAACUACUAGUACCGUUGUUAGCGGGGAUCAGCGGACACGAAGAGAUAGCAUAUGCUCGACAAGUUCCGAUGAUUCCGGUACACCUAUUGAUCCACCUGAACCAUCAGGUCGUCACGAUUAUACUAGUGACUUACAGGGAGAAGUUCCGGAAGGAAUUGUGCACACCGAAACAGUAGUUUACAGUGGUGAAUCAGGAACGACACCCAUUGCCACAACACAAGUACCUGUUGUUGCUACAGAAACCAGAAAAGUCCAUUUGGAAUCGGAAGAUGGAAAUUAUCAAGCCACCGGCGAAAUAGUUAGUUCCCAGACGAUUAGCUCGAAGACUCGGACCGUCGAAACUAUAACAUAUAAAACAGAACGAGAUGGUGUAGUUGAGACACGAGUAGAGCAGAAAAUAACGAUUCAGUCGGAUGGGGAUCCAAUUGAUCACGAUCGUGCUUUAGCCGAAGCUAUCCAAGAAGCGACUGCAAUGAAUCCAGAUAUGACUGUUGAAAAGAUCGAAAUCCAACAGCAAACCGCUCAGCAACAGCAAUAAUGUAUAAGUAAACAAAUUAAUUAUUUCUAUUUAUUGACUGGUUAUAUGUACCUAUAUUCUUUUUUUGUUUUCUAAAAUUGUGUACAUGUGCACCCAUUAGAGAAGCUUCUAGUUCGAGAUAAAAAAGAGAAUAUGCGUUGUUACAAGUUACUUUAAAAAAUCCGUAUAUGUGCCGUUAUUUGUUAAUGAUAUUUUAAUAUUUAAAAACAAACUAUUCUCAUUAAUUGUGUAUCUAUAUAAGUGUAUAACUUCACACACAACCAAUAUUGACAUUUAUCUUAUCUGCUUAUUUACAGUAAUUUCAUGGAAAAAGCAUUUUUUUGUUACUCCUUUCAAAAACAUUUCGAAACAUAUUUUUCUUUUAGCGUAUAAGUACAUUCCAACAUUAAUUUGAGA